CUUCAAUGCUGCCAGCUCCACUCUUCUGCCUAAAAAGUACCCAGGGGUGCGAUACUGAGCUUGUGGAGCUUCGACCUCUGCUACAUAUAAGCAGUGGGUUGUCCCAAGAUACACCGAACUUGAGCACACGCGCCUCUUUCUCAGUCAUUUGAGGUGAUCAAAUCAGGUCAUUCACCAUGGCCGACAAGGAAGCGACCGUCUUCAUCCUUGACCUCGGCUCGUCUAUGGGCCAGGCUCACAAUGGCCGCGAAGAGUCGGACCUCGACUGGAGCAUGCGAUUCGUUUGGGACAAAAUAACCGAUGCCGUCGCGUCCAACCGCAAGACUCUGAAUGUCGGUAUCAUUGGCCUGAAAACCGAUGAGACGAACAACAAGCUGGACAGCACAGAGGGCUAUGAGAAUAUUUCUGUCCUUCAAGAACUACAGCCGAUGACUAUGACGGACUUGCGUCAGCUCCAAGCUUCCAUAGUCCCCAGUCAGACCAGAUUUGGCGAUGCCAUCUCAUCGAUUGUCAUUGCCGUCGACAUGAUCGAAACCAAGACAAAGAAGUUGAAGUACAUUCGCAAGAUCUACUUGGUCACGGACGGCCAAGGCAGCAUGGACGUCGAUGACAUUGAUGACAUUGGCAAGAAGAUGAAUGCCUCCGGCAUCGAGCUGACUGUCCUGGGUGUGGAUUUUGACGAUCCUGAGUACGGCUUCAAGGAAGAGGACAAGCCGCCACACAAGAAACAAAACGAGCGGGCCUUGCGAAAGCUGGCCGAAGCCUGCGAUAACGGCAGAUUCGGCACCAUGGCAGAUGCAAUAGAUCGUCUGGACACCCCUACCGUCAAAACACCCAAGCCUUACAAAACCUACGACGGCAAGUUGACACUUGGCGACCCCAACACGUUCCCUGCCGCAAUGAACAUUGAUGUUGAGCGGUAUUUCAAGACACAUCAGGCACGACCACUUGGAGCCAGUACUGUGGUCACGAAGCAAGACCAGCCCGGCUCACAAACGACUGAGACCGUAGACGGCAAUGAUACGAUGGACGGUGUAGAGUUUACAGGCGUAAAACAAGCACGGACGUACAAAGUCAACGACCCAGAUGCACCUGGUGGUAAGCGGGACGUCGAAUUUGAGUCCCUGGCCAAGGGGUUUGAGUAUGGACGAACAGCUGUCCAUAUUACCGAGUCGGAACACAACAUCACCAAGCUGGAAACCCAAAAAUGCUUCACAAUCCUCGGAUUCAUUCCCUGGGACAGGUAUGAAGCCUUCCUCAACAUGGGCGAGGUCUGCGUGACCCACGCAAAGAAAUUCGACGAGGCCUCGGAAGUGGCUCUCUCAGCCCUGAUCUGGGCCCUUCACGAGGUACAAUCAUAUGCUGUGGCGAGACUCGUGCUCAAGGAAGGCAAAGAGCCCCUUCUUGUACUGUUGAUACCACACAUUGAGCCGGGCUUUGAGUGCCUAUACGACGUGCCCCUUCCUUUCGCGGAAGAUGUCCGCAGCUAUCAAUUCCCACCGUUGGAUCGUGUUAUCACGGUCAGUGGGCAAACGCUGAGCAAGCACAGAUUCAUCCCGUCUGAUGAUCUCAAUGAUGCUAUGAGCGCAUAUGUCGACGCGAUGGACCUCUCAAAUUAUGGAAUCGACGAAGAUGGAGCUCCGGCAGAGUAUAUGCCCAUUGACGACACGUACAACCCUUCGAUACAUCGCAUCAACCACGCCGUGCGGAAUCGAGCUGUGCACCCCGAGGAUCCCGUACCAGAAAUUCCACCUCAGUUGCUCAGAUUCGCCGAGCCGCCGCAUGAACUGGUCGAGCGAGUCCAGAGUAAGAUAGAUACUCUGAUUGGUGCAGCGGAAAUCAAGAAAGUACCACCAAAAGCCAAGGGCAAACGUCGUCGCGACGCUGUCAAGCCUAUUUCCGGCCUCGACGUGGAUGCCCUGCUCGGCAACACCCGGCAAGGUCAAAUAUCACCCGAAAACGCCGUACCGGAUUUCAAGCAUGCUCUCGAGACUGCAGACUCAGAAGAGGCCCUCGAGAACGCUUCCAAGCAGAUGGGUGCCAUCAUCCGCUCUUUAAUUACGGACAGUUUUGGUGACAGCAAAUACAACCGAGCUAUUGAAUGCUGCGGUGUUAUGCGGGAAGAGCUGAUCAACAUGGAUGAGCCGAACUUAUUCAACACCUUUGUGACAGACUUGAAGAAGCAGUUGCUAUCCGGAACCCUAGGGGGCGAUCGGCGAGACUUUUGGUUCAAGCUUAGAUGGGCGCAACUAGGCUUGAUAGACAGCAGUCAGUCGGAGUCAUCAGAUGUGACUACAGAUGCAGCAAACGAGUUUUACAAAGCAAAGUGAGGCCUCUGAGACCGUUCAUUUACACGUAAUGUACAGCCUCGAGACCGAUCUCGUCCAGGUCAAUUUCUAUGCUUUGGGGGGCAAAGGUGUUUAUUGAUAGGUAGAUAAUUCUCGGAAUAGAGGGUAUGCGGACAGGGCUAGCAAUCCUCAAAAUCUAACAAAGAUGCCUGAAACAAU